AAAUAACUUUAAAAAUUAAGAUGAGCAAAAAACUAAGAAGUAUUUAAACGUAAAUUAAUAAUAAAACAUUAUAUAUAGAUAUGGUUGACGAAGAAUCUUUUCUCCGUCAGUGAGUAUCAUUAUUUAAUCACAUGUCAAGUAACUGACGUAAGCACCAGUAGUAUGUCGCGGAAGCACUACUAGGUCACGUAACUGUCACGUAGCAAUCAUGCGAUGGCUGCUGGAGACCCACAAUAAUUUCCACUUAACAAGAAUAAUUAGUGUAACCAUUAACCAAUCAUUGUUGCAUGCAUGCAUGCAUCGUCCAUGUUAUUUUCCAAAUACUUUGUCGAUACAAUAAAGAUAACAGUUUUAAAUGUAAAAAGUAAUCGUUUGAGUUAAUUUUGUGGAUUCUAAAAUUUAACACAGACGAAGCAGCGACAAGUGGAAAUUACGGAAUAAUCAUUACAUUUAUGGUUAAUCUAUUUGCCAAACAAAAUUAGAAAAAUAUCUGAAGUGAAAUGAAAACAAAAUAUGAUUGACCCACUAUAACAAAUAAGAACCAAGCACGAAAUAAGAGGAUGAUAACUAAGAAGUCGUCACAUGAAGGAGUAAUCUGUGCGUUGAAUGUUCUUUAAAGACGUCGGAUUAGAUUACAAUCUCUCGUUGUGGAUAUUAUCUUCAUCUAGUUCGUACUUAUUACUCAUGGCUCCUCUAUAUAAUGACAACUGCGAAAUUGAGUAGCGUACUAAAUAAACUAACUUGAGAGCAAAAGAAAGAACACGAAAACUCUAAUGGCGGAUCCUUUUAAGGAAAAAGAGAAGAGCUUAGAGGAGACCGCUACGUGGGCAGUCGCUGUGGUUUGCUUCGUCUUAAUAGUCAUUUCGCUUUUUAUCGAACGUUUGAUUCACAAAAUUGGAACCUGGCUUAAACAGAAGCACAAGGGGAGUCUGUAUGAAGCUCUUGAAAAAGUUAAAGCAGAGCUUCUGCUGUUGGGAUUCAUAUCAUUACUCUUAACAGUCGCACAAACACCAAUCUCAAAAAUCUGCAUUCCCAAGAGUGCUGCAUCAUCAAUGCGGCCUUGCAGCCCCACAGUACUUGAAGAAAGAAAUAACAAAACCAAAUUAGCAUACGAUGAAAUUAAAAAAAAAAAUCUGUGGAAGUGGAAGUGGAAGACUUCUAUCUGAGUUAGCUGAAUCUUACAUCCCUAGAAGAAGUUUAGCCACCAAAGGUUACAACGAAUGCCCAAAGGGGAAGUGCCUUUUGUAUCUGCUUACGGAAUCCACCAGCUGCACAUAUUCAUUUUUGUGCUCGCGGUGGUUCAUGUUAUUUACUGCAUUGUUACUUAUGCUUUAGGAAAGAGCAAGAUAAGCAAGUGGAAGCAGUGGGAGGACGACACGAAGACAGUAGUAUAUAAGUUCUCCAACGAUCAAGACUGGUUCAGGUUGGCGAAGGACACAUCUUUCAGGCGAAGACAUCUCAGUUCCUGGAGCAAUACGAAUGUUACGGUAUGGACUGUUUGUUUUUUCAGACAGUUCUUUGGAUCUGUCACCGAAGUUGAUUACAAAACUCUGCGGCUCGGUUUCAUCGCGGUAUAACCCUCUUUUGUUUUCUUUUAUCUACGGUUUAGUAUAGCGUGAAGCGAGAUAGCUAAAAGAAUGUUUACUCUAUAUUGACUUAAUGUACAGUUUUUAUAAUACAACCAUCACUAACCACCGUAACAAACUCCGUUAUAAUACUCCUAAUGCAAGUCCACUGUGGUUUAGUCGUCAUUGGUCAGUUUUAAUAAAAUUUUAUUGUUUUAUCUUAUUACAUAAUAUUUAUGUUUAAUUUUUGAGAAUCUUAACAUGGGUUUCAACCUUUGAAGUUUCCCUAACUAGCCAGAGACAAUUUUCCGAAGUUUUUUUUUUUGUGCUAAAGUUUGGUUCCACGUCGAAAGUUGAAAAAAUCAUAAGUAAUAUAAAAAAUACAAGGGUGUUUUUCAAAACCAACUCAUAUUUUCAAGUCAAACACAAAACCAACCUUUUUUUUUUGUCCAUACUAUUCAUCAAUAAAAUUUUCAUACUAUCCUUACGUUUUUGAAUUAUUCACAAAAUUGCCAUUUUUAUUUAUUUUUUUAUUAAUUUCGAAAUUAACAAAAAAC